AUGCCUCGCGGAGAACUUCCAGAAGAUGUAACGGUCGGUGUGAAUUCAUACAAUGAUCACGUGAUACAAUGCAAAAGUAUCAACACUGCAUCGGGAGAGACGAUUCAACUUGUCAUCAAAUGGGCUUCCCGCCAAAUGAUGAUCCGUAACCAUGACGAUGUCGACCAUUUUAAAUGCCCUACAUCACCAAAGAUCUGUACACUACCAGAUUGUCUGAGUUCUCCCUGUCAGAAUGGAUGUACCUGUAUGGAGACCGAUGUAAGUUAUAAGUGCAUCUGUCCGGGUGAUGGAAGCAAUGAUCACUUUGAAGGCCUAUGCCCAGAACUUAACCGGACCUAUCUUCUUGAUCUAAAAGGCCUGAACUCAAAUCUUUCCGAACCAGUACAAUGUCAAAACGGUAAACAUUUUCCUCAUUAUAUAGUCGUAAACUGGCGUGAAGUGUGUGUAAACCCGUCGUGA